AUGGCCCGCCCGCAGUCAUCGAUAAGCAAUAAGAACCUCCAGCUACAAUCUUCUGCCACCGCUGAACAGAGGGGAAUUUUGACAACAAUCAAUGCACGUAAUCUGUCAGCAACAUCGAGGUUAGCAACAUCGAGGUUCGUCCACGAUAGAGCAAUUGAUCACGCUGCUGCAAACAGACGGCGACUGGUGACGGUUAGUUAUCUGCAAAAGAAAACAGGAAACUUAUUAGACCAACCCAAGCCCCAUGAUUUUCCAUGA